CUGGCCAUAUCUCUUCCUUCCCAAUUCCCUCCCUCCUGUGAUUCCCCUGAUUUUCCUCUAAGGUCAAUUUUCUCUCUAAUUUUCCUCCUCAUUAUUUUCUCCUUCCAUCCCCAAGUUCCAAACAUAGCCAUUGAUUCAUGCCUUUUCUGUCUGGUAUAAUUCACGCACGUGAAAAUUCUGUGAAAAACACACGGGAGUCAGGUGAUUUCUAAAUUCUGUAGGGAAAUCAAAUCUUAUUUCUGGAUUUAGGGUUUUAGAAAUUUCGAAGAUUCCCUUCUGUUUAGGUUGCUUUUUGGGGGUCACGUGAGUGCUUAGGCUGACUAGGAUCAUGAUUAUAUGAUAAUCCAUCAAACCCCUGUAGUCAGUUUGAAGACCUAUGAAACCCAUGUUGUAAUCUGAUUUCUAUUCAAGUUUGUUGGGCAUAAAAGGUCUGUUAAAUCAAUUGGAAGUUUUCUUGUGGGUUAUUUAUUUAUAUUUUUUUUAUAACCAGUUGUCUGAGUCAGCUUACACCCAACUCGAAUAAUCGGAGGACUUUAAACCCACUGUCCGCUGGUCCUUGGGGUUUCUUGACCUUGCAAAAGGGUAGAUGAUGGAUUUCCUCUUUGCUGAAACCCUAGGGGACGUGAAAUCAAGUGGGGAAACCGUCCUAAGCGCAGUUCUCCCAUUGUUGAAACUCCUCACCCUCACUAUCAUAGGCCUGGUGCUGGCCCACCGGAAAACCCAAAUCAUUCCUAAAGACACUUUCAAGCUUCUCAGCAAGCUUGUUUUCGCCCUCUUCUUGCCUUGCACAAUCUUCGUUCACCUCGGUGAAUCCAUCUCUUUCAAGAAUUUUGCCCUUUGGUGGUUCAUUCCAGUAAACGUGCUAAUAAGUACUGCAAUUGGGUGUGCGUUGGGGUAUUUGGUCUCGAGGAUAUGUAAACCGCCUCCAGAAUUCGUUAGGUUCACUGUCAUUGUGACCGCGUUUGGGAACACUGGCAAUCUGCCCUUAGCUAUCGUUGGAUCGGUUUGCCAUUCUGCGGAUAACCCUUUUGGUCCCGAUUGCCAUAGAACUGGUGUGGCUUAUGUUUCUUUUGCCCAAUGGGUGGCUGUGCUCCUUGUUUACACCCUUGUUUACCAUAUGAUGGAACCCCCUUUGGAAUAUUACGAGGUGGUUGAGGAAGGAGUUGAGAAUACUGAGAUUGUGGAAGAAUUACCGGCUGUCAAUAUCAGUAGGCCACUUCUUGUGGAAGCUGAGUGGCCUGGGAUAGAGGAAAAAGAGACUGAAAAUUGCAAGACACCAUUUAUAGCUAGGAUAUUUACUAGCAUCUCUAACAUUUCUCAAAGUUCGCUUCCGGAUCCUGAUUUACUAGAGGAGGGAGAUCGUACAAGGAGUACCAAAUCUAUUCGGUGCUUGGCGGAGCCGCGGAUGGUUAGGAGAAUCCGAAUCGUCGCGGAGCAAACACCAGUUAGACACAUCCUCCAGCCUCCAACAAUCGCUACUCUAUUUGCCUUUAUGGUGGGGAUGAUUCCUCCCCUUAAAUCUUUUGUUUUUAAAGAAGAUGCUCCGCUUUCAUUUGUCUUGGAUAGUUUAGAAAUAUUGGCUGGUGCAAUGGUGCCCUCAGUGAUGUUGAUUCUUGGAGGAAUGCUUGCGGAGGGUCCAAAUGAUUCUAAACUAGGAAUAAGGACUACAGUGGGCAUCAUCAUCGCGAGGCUCUUGGUACUCCCAUUGGCUGGGAUUGGGGUUGUUUGGUUUGCUGAUUCAAUGGGUCUUUUGAUCCCAGGGGACCAAAUGUACAGGUUUGUGCUUUUAUUGCAGUAUACCACUCCGAGUGCCAUCUUGUUUGGAGCCAUUGCGAGCUUGAGAGGUUACGCAGUGAGCGAAGCUUCAGCGCUCCUCUUCUGGCAGCAUGUGUUUGCUCUGUUCUCGAUUUCGAUGUAUAUCAUUCUCUACUUCAAACUGCUGCUCUCUUAUGUAUGAGUGAUGAAGCUUAUUUUGCAGCCUGAGAAGAGUUUACAUUCAGAUAUGUGGAAGUGAUAUCAAGGACUCGUGCAUUAGAGGGAUGCUGAGCCCGCUCUGUCUCUAUUGGGUCUUGGCCAACGUGACACGCGUUCCUUUGUAUAUGUAAAGUUCGUGUAUCGUAGACACUUUGGUAAGGGUAUGAGAUAUGAGUCUAACAAUUUAGGACAUUAAGUAAAUUUAGCAAUUCGAUCUUUUACAAUAGAACUAUGUUUUAGACUUGUGUGUUUACAUGAAAACUACGAAAUGUUAUAUAGCACCUUGUAAGCAUUAUGUAUCCUAGUAACUGCAAUGAAUAUGUUAUGAAAUACAAUUAGUUUCCCGUGUCA